CCACAGAGUAGUUCAUACGGUUGUCUUCCUCCUCAUCUGAUCUCGUUCUCAUCGGCAAGAACAUGACGAUAGUAGAGAUGAGAGUGAGCAUGGAUUGCCCGGGAUGUCAGAAGAAGAUCAUCAAGUCACUUUCGAAACUCGAUGGGGUGGAUGGAGUGGAAAUCGACGAGGCGUUGCAAAAGGUAACGGUGACAGGGUGGGCAGAUCAACGAAAGGUUCUAAAGGCCGUGCGCAAGAGCACAGGCCGGAAUGCUGAGCUAUGGCCCUUUCCUUACAACCCUGAGUUUCAUGACUACUACGAGCAGUACUAUGGGAAUAGGAAUAUGAAUAGGAAUGAGAGUCCUAAUUAUUACUACUACGAGCAUGCCGCCAUGUACGGUAGCCCUGCUACAUAUGUUGUGGCAGGGCAGCCGGCUAAGGGGCAUGUGUCGAGCUAUAACUACCGCGUGCACGGCUACAACGGCCACCAGCACGGUUACUAUCAGCCGGCGCCGUAUACGACUAUUUUGGAUGAAGAUGCGACCUCCAUUUUUAGUGAUGAUAACGUUAAAGGAUGCGUUGUGAUGUAAUAUUGUAUGGAUUUGUGUUUACAAUUGAGCUUGUAUAUGUAUAUAUGAAAAUAAUCUUAGUUUAAUGGAUGUAAUAGUUUUCGAGUGUAUUCAAUUAUUAUAUCAUUAAAAAGAAAA